AUGCGCAGGGCCGGCCAAGGCUCGACGGCGCGGAACGAUGUCCUUGCGCACCCAACUCCAAGCGUUCCCCCCACGAUAAGCCGUAUACUACAACUUCCUGCGGCGCCUGCACCCCGUCCACGUACGAGACAACAGCUUCAACAGCAGAUACGGCAAUACGGGACGAGGCGCAAUGUCAACGGAAGACGCCUUCCGCCGGGUCCUCCGCCUCCGCGUUCGUGGUAUGCACCUAUCCUAUCGUCACGACCCCCGCCAGGCGUCCAUAGGAGUGUAGAGGAGAUUUUGCUCUGCCCUUUACCCCAAGCCUUUACUCCUCAUCAUGGCAGUCUUAUCGAUAUUAUGUUACAUCAAUUGGCAGCCAACUGGAGCGUGCAGAAAGACUGGAACAGGUUCUAUCUCUAUGAUAUGCCUGACAGAAUCAGGACAGCACUCAUCUAUUAUGUGUCUAAGUAUCACGAAUCGGGAAUCAGCAUUAGCGAUUUACGACUCAUCCUACUCGGACCCACGGACGGAGAGCUGGCCGAAUAUGAGCUUGAGAAACCCGAUCCCGCAGUGCUAAACGCCAGUAUUCAUCACUUGGAUCUUACUGGCUCUGCUGGAUCUAGUAUCUCCUUGAGAUCACUUGCUGAGCUAUUGUUUCCUACCGCUGCCGUAGUUGCAGCCGAGGUCGCAGAUUCAUGGGAUGCACCAGAGCCUUUGCUAUCACCAACGGCUAUUCUUCCUAAUUUGACGCACCUGUCUUUGGCGAUUGAUAGACAGUCAGGCGAGGGCCCGAGUUGGAGACAACUUCUAUCUCUGUCCGCUAAAUUGUCUGGGUUAACUCACUUGAACUUAUCAGGCUGGCCUACUCCCUCUACAACACCCAACGCAAUCAUUACGAAGAUGGUGUCAGCGGAAACGGGAAGGACAGUGAACUAUGGGGCCACCACUGUGUACAGUCAUGCCUUGGAUGACGACUGGUCUGAGGCCGUUUCGAUUCUCAAAAGGCUUAGCAAAGCUCUCUACAGGCUUGAAUAUCUCGAUCUGACUGGAUGUGGGCACUGGCUACCUGCUCUGUACAAAGAGGUCGAUGCCGAGUUGACAGUCGACUUUGUAGACUGGAGCCGAGAAUGGGGCAAAAUCACGGUCCUUAGGCUUUGCUCCGGCUACUAUGGAGAGCAUAUGACUCCAGACAGUGACGAGACGCAGUUGCGGGAAUGGAAGAAGGAGGCAACUUUUGUCGAGAAGCGCAUUAGGGCCCAAAGAGCUGGCCAAGGGCAUUUUAUCAUUGUCGAAAAAGACCCAUUGGAAGACUAG